GCUCUAUUUUUUGCUCGCAGAAGAAGAGUUCAGGCUGAUUUCCUUGUGUAACAAAUUCUCGAAAGAAAAACAGACGUUAUGCUUAUGUUGUACUCGGUUUAUUAAUACUUUUGUUUAAACAAAAUUAACAGUCUUCCUUCAUCCUUUUUCUUUUCUGAAUUGUGGUUAUGGUGCACUAGCGCACAUGGUUUUGGGGACCAGCUUUAGGUCGCAGCAGUGACAUGGAGGAACAGUGGGAUUUCGAGUUCCUCUCUCGCGUUGUUGACAGUUUCGUGUCCUUUCUGGCCGAGUUUGUGGACGACUGGCUGGCUAACGACAUGAGAGUCGUCGUGUUCAAAAUACUGUUCAGCUGGCUCGUCCUCAGCUUGAUUGCAAUCCAUUUCGCUUGGAAAGUUUACGGUAACACGGUGAACGACAUGUACUACAGACAAGGAACUGGUGGACAGAAUGGUGGCACACCGGAUACAGCACCUCACCUGAGUGGAUGGUAGGUGUCCAGACAGCUUUGCUUCCAGGGACAAUGCUGCAAGAGAAAUCUUAAAGUCACACCACGAGUGAUCAAACACCAGCGGUGUUCACAUUUUGCCUGAAGAUUGAGGACAUUCCAGAGAUGCUCAUGCAAUAUGAAGGUCUUGAGAAGUAUUUGUGCAUUCUGGCACAAGAUAAUCAAGGGAUUAUUAAAGGAACCAGGUCUGUGGCUUGGUGAAGAGGAA